AUGGACAUCCACCGCUGUCGAUUCGUGCCCUUUCCGCCUUCGACAAUCAAUGCCUUGGCAUUUUCGCACUCGCACAUCUCCAAGGACCAAAAAGCUGCGCCUCCGAGGCUUGCAGUUGGGCGCGCAAACGGCGAUAUCGAAUUAUGGAAUCCGCAGGGUGGAGCAUGGCUGCAGGAGACAAUAAUCCGAGGAGGCAAAGAUCGGAGUAUUGAUGGGCUUGUGUGGACUCAGGAUCCGACUGAGGAGGUCGAUGGCAAGAUAUUCAUUGGGAAAUCGAGGCUUUUCAGCAUUGGGUACACUACAACUGUCACGGAGUGGGAUUUUGCAAAAGGUCGACCUCUGCGACAGGCAAGCGGAAACCAUGGCGAGAUAUGGUGCAUUGCUGCUCAGCCACCUAUUUCGAAGAGCGAGAAGGGUGCGGAUCCAGGCCAAUGGGUAGGGCAACGCUUGAUUGCAGGUUGUACUGAUGGCGCAUUGGUGUUAUACUCGACGGAGGACGAAGACCUUCAAUUACAACGGGUUCUUGUCCGACCUUCAGCGAAAAAGGCCAAGGUCAUAAGCGUUGUCUUCCAGAAUCGAAAUAUUGUUGUCGCAGGGUGUACGGAUAGCACAAUUCGAAUAUAUGACAUCAGAAAUGGGUCAACGGUGAGGAAUAUGACACUGGGAUCUGGACCGAAAGGAGGGCCGAAAGAGAUCAUUGUCUGGUCUGUGAAGGCUCUGCGGGAUGGUACGAUUGUCUCUGGCGACUCAACUGGGGAGAUCAAGAUAUGGGAUGGGAAGCUGUACACGUUGAGACAGAGGAUAAAGUCACAUCAACAGGAUGUAUUGAGUUUAGCCACGAAUUUUGACGGGUCAGCGAUAUUUAGCGGAGGUAUGGACAGGAGGACUGUGGUAUACAAGCCAGCAGGCAAAGGAAAAGGUCGAUGGGCAGAGGUUGCGCAUCGAAGAUUUCACACUCAUGAUGUGAAAACUAUGGCGAGCUUCGAGGGAGGUGGGUUGAGUGUCAUAGUAUCUGGAGGUCCCGAUGCUGCACCCACUGUGGUACCACUAGGACAAUACGGAUUUGAAAACCAGCGUUCAUUGCCAUUCCUUCCACAGGAUACUUUGAUCCGCAGUGCUCCCAAGCAUGGAUUGAUGAUGAAUUGGUGGGAUCGAGAAAUACAUAUCUGGCACAUCAGAAAAGAUCCCGACUGCACCGACAACGACGAGGAUAUCGAGAAUAAACCACCCCAAGGACGAAAACUAGUCGCCAAGAUCCUCAUCAAAGGCGAAGCAAACAUCACAUCUGCAGCAUUGAACUCGGAAGGAAGUCUCCUCGCCGUAUCCACAAACUCAGAAAUCAAACUCUUCCAACUGCGACCAAAAGUAGAAGAAGACAUCCUACGAGUCUCCAAACUCCCAGGCCCAAGCACCUGCUGCUCAGGCGCACGACUCAUCCAAUUCUCUCCAAACGGAAAAUGGCUCUGCAUAAUCCGACCUGACAGCCAAAUCCUCCUUCUUCGCCUCCUCACCUCAGGCACCUCCUCCGCGUCAUCACCCACCUUCCACCCUAAACCUACCAAACUUACUCGUCUCGACCGGAAAACAGAGAAACACAUCCUCCUGGGCGGCCUCGGCACCUACGACAGAACAAUAGCGCAACUUGCUUUCUCAGCAGACAGCAGGAUCCUGGCGGUGAGUGACAUAUCAGGGCACAUCGAUACGUUCGUCCUCACCGGGCAGGAGGACCUUUCUCAAGCCCUCCCUAGCAACCUCUCGGAAGCCGCGUCACCUUCGUCCUCUCCCUCCUCCUCUUGCGAGUCAGAAUCCGACUCAGACGACCCAGACGAAGGGAAUGCCAAGAAGCAGACGAUAUGCGGCCAAACAUGGAGACGCAACCCAUCCGCCGCCCUCAUCCCAAAGCUACCCUCCGCACCUGUUGUGCUCUCAUUCCGUCCCUCCGCCACCAGCUCUAAACUCCCGAACGGCACAGUGGCAUUACACUCUACGAGAAACAAUCCAAACCCUAUCUCCCACUCCUUACCAGGCGGUGAAGCUAGGCUCUUAGUCAUAACCUCUACCUCUCAAAUCUACGAGUUCGAGGUCCUGAAAGGAAGCUUGUCUGAUUGGUCGAGGAGAAACCCUACCUCUGUGUUCCCGGAGGAGUUUAAGAGGACGCUAGAAACUGUCCGGGGAUGCAUUUGGGAUUUAAGUCUUGGACGAGAGAGGGUGUGGUUAUAUUCAGUGGGGUGGAUAUGGAUGUUUGAUCUCUCGCGGGACUUGCCUUCCUCUUCCUCUCAGAACGGAGGAGAGAGAGGGGUGGUGGUAAAUGGCAGUAAGAAGCGAAAGAGAAAUGGCAAUGGCGGCGGAAGUGGGGGGAGAGAGCGGGCUUCUGGCGCGGGAGGCGCAAUCCCCGAUUCUCAACUUGGGAUGGGCAUUUCCCGGUCCAUGAAGCGUGUCAUUCACGAAGAAGUCGAGGAGGACUCCCAGCUCAUCCAGGGUUCUAUGGACGUCGACUCGGACACCAACACCCCUGACCUACCCGACUUGUCUUUAUUGAGGAGAGGAAGUAAAGAUGGCGGCAAGCGUGGAAAAGGAGGGGGCAGUAGCUAUGAACCCCGACCGCAUGAUUGGCACACCUUUAAAUAUCGCCCGAUUAUGGGUGUUGUUCUUAUCGGCGAAGGCGAAGAGGGACUGGGACCCGAGGUCGCGGUUGUGGAGCGGCCAGCUUGGGAGGCGGGGUUGCCUGGGAGGUGGGAGGGGGAGCAGGAAUGGAGGGAUAGAGAGGUGGGGUUGUGA